UCCGGUUUGAAAAUUAUUACACGUUCUGACUUCAGUUGACGAAGAACUAUUCUGGAAUGUCUCAAAUUUUGGGACAUAGACUGGUUCAUUUGUAAGCUGGAGGAAUUCGAAGAACUUGAAUAUGAUAUUUUGAGUGUAAUGGCACAUUUUCUACUUACCCCAAUUUCCGACGAUUUUUCGAAGCGUUACAUUAAAUUGAAGUUUUUCAAAAUAGAUUCUCUGCUCAGAGCGACAGGAUAUGUUUCCAAGCGACGGAAUCCCAAUAAUACCUACCUUGUAAACUUACUCCUGGCAAUAGUUCUCUCCAUGACAGAAAAGUUUGGAUACUACGACGAAUUUCUCAAUCAUGCUAUCAAAACUUCGGUUGAAUAUUUUGACGGCCUGUGCAUAGACCACAUCACUACAGAGCUUGCCGGCUUUCUCAAGAAUGGUGUACUUGAACAAGUUAUGAAGACAUCGACAAGCGAUAAAUCUCGUCAAUGGGCUUUAAAGACUGUUAAGAUAAUUUUACAACAUCACAAGCGGGAAGGGCGCAGCAUUGAAGAUUUAAAUCUUCUUUCUAAUUCACACAAUCUAAUACUCAAUUAAUUUGUUCCAAACACUGUACUAGUUUCUAUCUGUUUCUAUUUGACUACGUACGUAGCUACGUAGCGCUUGUGUCGAUUUACCGACUCGAAUUUCGAAACGAAUUAACAUCAUUUAUUUAUCGAUCGAAUGUUAAAUUUUGCAAAAAAAAGGAAAUAGGUAGUUGUGUAUUACAUGCCCUCAUUUUAAUAGUAAUUUUUUAAGCCAUGAAAAAUAAAAACGUGAAC